UUUAUCACAUAUGUUUCUCUCUGCCCCUCUCUCCGCCUGUUAUUCUUCAUCCUCCUCCUCCUCUUAUCUCAAAAACCUAGUCCUACCCACUGAAUGGGUUUACAGCUGGGAACAGGUGCAGUCCAUUGGGCCUGAUUCAGACCUUCCCCAGGUAUCCAGCUAAAGUGCCAUCGCACUGACUGGUCAUCUCGUGCCUCCUCUCCCCCUCCCUCCUAAUUAACAUGGUUUGAUUAAGCCCCCCACCCCAGCUUGCCUUGGCACCUGAUGUGACGAUUCUCACCUGCCUCAAGAUUAACCAACGUUAAUCUGUUUAUUGUUAGGGAUAUAAAUGUAUCUGGUAUGGACCAUACCUUGGCCUGGUUCUGGCAUCUCCUGUUUAUGCUGAUCCUGUGGUGCUUCCAUCCACAAGAAGUCCAUGCCUUCUUCCCCAAUUUCUGGACUCGUGCCAUGACGUUUACCUGGGGGUCCAUCACCCACCAAGACAUAACCGAGGAGGCCAUUCUCAACAUCACAGUGCGGCUUUUCGCAGAGAUGUCUCACUCCACCGAGGGAAAACGUCUCCAGGAGGAAGACUUCAAGGACAAGACCCUUUUGGCUGAUGACAUCUUUGCUGCUUUCUAUGGUCCUGGGGUGUCACCCAAGCGCUUUUGUGGGGCCAUGGCCCAAGUGGGCAAUGCCAAUGCCGCCAUGGACUUCGACAGUACCACACGAAACGACCCCGUGCUCCACUUUGAUUCUGAGCUCAUCUACUCCAGCAACGCUUGGCUGUUGCAGGCCCGCAAAGAGAUCCUUCAAGCGGUGCGCUCGGAGCAGUACAGCAUCGCCCGGGUCAAGCUGGGCCAGCUGCUACAUUCUUUACAGGAUUUCUACAGCCACAGCAACUGGGUUGAACUUGGAAAUCAGCAGAUACAUCCCGAUCUGGUCCAGCCAGGACGAGAAAUCAAGUCCAUCGCUAAAGCUGGCGUCCGGACUUGCAAGGACUGCAGUGACUGGACGUGUAAAGGAAAUCUCUUGGAAAAUGUGGCUGUGAAAGGGCUCCUGACGACUGGUUACUAUGGCAGCGAUCCUGAGAAACCAACCGGGAAGUGCAGCCAUGGCGGGAGAUUUGACGAUAGCCGCCACAAGGAGCCUCGUGGGGGUAUCAAUAAAGACAGUGCUUCCUUCUUCUUUUCCCCUCACCACUACCUGCACAGCGAGGCGGCCGCUUUGGCCUUGGAAGCCACCAAACGCUUCUUGGAGCAGCUGUGGAGAGAAAUAGGGAGCAAGCCAUUCAUGAGGCUACUGGAUAUCAGUCCAGCCACAGGUCUAAGUUUUGUUGUGGACACCACAGGAAGCAUGGGAGAUGAGAUCAAUGCUGCUAAGGUCCAGGCACGAGAAAUCAUUGACCGGCGCCGUGGAACCCCUCAAGAGCCAGAUUUCUACAUUCUAGUGCCUUUCCAUGAUCCCGAGUUUGGCCCUGUUCAUAAGAGCAGUGACCCAGAAGAAUUUUGGAAAAUAUUCGACAACGUCAUUCCUCUGUCCGGCGGGGAUGAGCCAGAAAUGUGCCUUUCUGCACUGGAGCUUGCCCUCCAGGAUUCACCACCCUUCUCUGAAAUCUUUGUUUUCACGGAUGCCUCUGCAAAAGAUGCUCAUCUCAAGAACAGUGUGGAAUCUCUCAUUCAGGAGAAGAAAUGCAAGGUGACCUUCCUAAUUACAGAAGACCCAUCCAGGACCCGAACAAAGCGGGAGACUCUUGCCCCAGACCGAUUCAACCUCUAUAUACAUCUAGCUCACAUUUCGGGUGGCCAGAUCUUAUUUACAGAUGACAAGAAUAUCCGGCAGGUGACGGAGAUCAUUGGUGAAUCCAGCAUAUCUUCGAUGACCCUCUUCCGCCACCAGAAAGGAAAUAUCUUCAGCCUUAAAGGGGCCCGACAAAAGAUAAAGAAGCGGACAAUACAGCAAGAGGAAGUUCACCAUUUCUUGAUCGACAGCUUGGUGGACAAAGUGGUUGCAACCAUCCAAGGAGCCAUUCGGGCCUUUCAGAUAUCAGACCCUACUGGAGAGACCCAGCAUCAUUCAUCAACCCAGGGUCCCUUAGCAAAGAUUGAAAUCAUUGGUGGCAUCUACAGGGUGUUUCUUACUCCCCCUGUCUGUGUUGGCGAGUGGACUUUGAAGCUUCGUUCUGAAGGCCAUUAUCUGGUGCAUAUCCAGGGUCAGAGCAGGCUUGAUUUCCUGUAUUACUUUGCUGUUCCGGUGGAAGGACGCCACCCAGGGCUAUUCAUGAUGGACAGUCACCCUAUAGAAGGUCUGCCCACUUACCUGGUUGUUAAGGCAAUGGGCCUGAAUCACUCGGAAUCCGGCUCCGUUCAGCUGCAGGCGGUGACCUUGGAGGGCCAGACGGGGAGCCUCGGGGAACUGAAGCUGAAAGGCGGAGGCCGACAGGCUGACCUCUUCGUGGCGGAGCUGCCGCCGACUCUAUCGAGCAGCAGUAACUUCUCCAUCGUGGUGCACGGUGUAGAUGGCGAGGGCAGGAAGCUGGCAAGGGCUGCUCCUCAAGCUGCCACUGUGAUGGGAUCCCUGCUGGAGCUGAACAGAGACACUCCUGUGUUCCCAGGGCGGCCUGUCUCCAUUGCCUGGAAGAUGACAAACCCUGGCUCACCGAAGCAGUACGCUCUGGAAGUGAGCAGUGUGUGCCGGUUCCCAACCAACAUCUCCAGCUCCAGGCUAUCGUUAGGCCUUAACCAAACAGCGACAGGACAGAUCUUCCUGAAUGUACCUAAUACAACUGCUCCUGGUUCGGUGAUCACUGUAACCCUGCAAGCCAACCUUGUUCACCCAGCUGGGGAUCCUAGUUUUGCUCAUAUCCAGCUGCUUGUCAUGCCCUUGCCUAUGGUGCAGAUUUUCUCCCCGCCGGUCUGCAAAGUCACAUCUCUGGACGGUUCCUGUGCCUCACCACCAGCCCCUUGUAGCAGCCAACAUUGGACAGCUACUGUGCAAAUUAGGGAUGAGGCUGGCAUUCGCUCAGUGCAGGCAGAAGGGGGCGUGGCGGUACCUCACCAAGCUGAUGGACUGGCAGAAUCAGUCACUUAUUCCUCGGACUGUUGCUCACAGCAGGCUGAGCUGGAGGUCACCAAUCUGCUUGGGCAGAGGUAUCGGUGUCAGGUCACGGCACCCCCAGCCGUUCUUCCUACCGAGGCACGAUCAACGCUGCUUCCUAAAGUUAUUGCGAUUGCAGGGCUGUCCCCACCGGUUGCUCCCACCUGGUGGUGUUGGGUAUGGAUGACCUUCCUGGCAAUGGACUGGAUGGGACUCUAAGGCUUCCCAGUUAAUACUGGCUCUGUUCCAUGGGAAGAGCUCUUGGAUGUAGAGAGAAUGCCCUCUGGUGAGAUAUUGUGGCAUUGCCCUGAGCUGUUGAGUAGGUGAAUAGGUUUUGGCAGGGUGUGUGUGUGUGUGUGCGUCUAUGGGGAAGGAGAGUUGCCAAGCAAAGCAAUUUUUGAAUGAUGGGCUCCUGUGAUGAAUACUGUACUAUGACCGUCUAUGGAUGUGUCUUGCAGUAGGUCAGCCUCCCGGAAGCCUAAGGUCUUCCUGUCCCCUGAGCUGGUGCUCCUAAGCCAGAUCUUAGUAAUCAAGAUAGAUCUAAGUGCCUCCUGCAAUUCAGAUGGCAAGCACAUGAUGGAGUAUACGCAGCGCCCUUCUGUUGAUGAAGGCCAGUAGUCCCUGUCUUGCUGAACCACCGGCCUGUCGCUUUGCAAGGUGUAUCUGCUGCUGGCUUUGGCAGAUUCAUUCCUUCAGAUCCUUUUAACUAAAAUGGUAAGUUUGGCACGGGGGCUCCUGCACGCAAAGCAUGUGCGCUAUCACAGAGGUACGAUUGUUCCCAGGAAAAGAGUGUGGGGUGGGGGGCCUGAACUCACAGCCUUGCUGCUAUGAACUCCCAGGUUCUGAAUUGCAUCAGUAGCUUGGGGAUGUUGAACCUACUUUUUUAUUUUUUACUGAUCCUUCCAGACCUAUCUUUCUGUGUCCAUACUUUUCAAACUGUUUGCCCCUCUCUGCAAUUUUCUGUUGUUCGCUGUGGUUUCCACCCACCCACCCAUGCUUCAGUAUCUUUUGUAUUUCUGUUAUCUUUUGACCCCACUAUCAGACAUGAUUUCCACUUGGCCAACUGCAUGCUUUGCUGAAGUGGCAAAAGGGAGACCUAAAUAGACAAGGAGAGCAGAAGGCUUAAAUUUCCUCC